AUGGGUUUGAGACAGCCCUCGAUCGAUUCCAAGCCAAGGCGAGCCACAAAAAGUGAUCUUCCAAUGUCGAUGCUGCCUCCCAAGACCAGGCGAUUCGCGAUGAAGCUUUGGUGGUCGUGGAAGAGGCGCCAGUUGAGUCCAUCGUCUUCCAGCCUGCGACACCGCCGCCUUCCUUCGUUGCCCUCUACGAACGUCUCACGUCGGGAGUAA